AUGGCGUCCCCAGACAGUCUCUUCAGCUGUGGCCAUGACAGCGGCCCCCUGACUCUUCUGAUUCUGUUCCUGUUUCUUCAGCCUGGACUUAUUAAGGCUGAAGUGAACGCAGACGGGGCAAGGGGCGAGUCAGCGCAACUCUCCGAUGCCUUUCUCCCCUUGGAUCGCAGCCUCGAGCACCCUGAAGUGAGCCCCAAGAGUCCAUUGCCUGUCACCUUUCUGCCGUCCUUUGAGAUCACUGGAUCUGGCGAGAUCUCUUCUCCAGGAUGUGGCAAGUCUGAUGUAAAGAUAGUAGGAGGAGAAGACUCCAAAGAGGGGGAGUGGCCCUGGCAGGUGAGCCUGAGGAUUCGAAAGAAGCACAUCUGUGGAGGCUCCCUCAUCUCCAAUCAGUGGGUGCUGACUGCUGCCCACUGUAUUUUAAGCCACUUCACCUACAGUGUCAAGAUGGGAGAUGUGGAAUAUGGUGAAAUCAACACAAGUGUGGUGGUCCCUAUCCAAAACAUAAUUGUCCACCCUGAGUUCACAAGAACUGGCACUGUUCAGAAUGACAUUGCCCUUCUUCAUCUCCUCUUCCCUGUGAAUUUCACUAAAACCAUCAAGCCAAUCUGCAUCCCGAAGGAGACUUUUAAGGUGGCACCUGGGACCAGGUGCUGGGUGACUGGCUGGGGCCGACAGGGAGAAGGUGAUAAACCUCGUUAUUCAGAAAUUCUCCGGAAGGUCGACCAGUACAUCAUCCGGUAUGAAAACUGUAAUAACAUAAUGAAGCAGACUAUGUCCCGUUUUAUGGAUCUAGUACUGGAAGGGAUGGUCUGUGGCUAUAAGGCCGGUGGGAAAGAUUCUUGUCAGGGAGAUUCUGGGGGACCCAUGGUCUGUGAAUACAAUGACACCUGGAUGCAGGUGGGGAUUGUGAGCUGGGGCCUGGGCUGUGGUCGUCAUGGAACGCCUGGAAUUUAUACGGAAGUUAGCGUCUACAGGAACUGGCUGGUGGCAGUGAUGAACCGCUCUACCUGUUUGUAUUCAGUGGUGACUCACACCUUAUUCCUGUUUCUGGUGCUGCCCCUUGGCAUCCUGGAGACCCCGUGA